UCUCCGGCGGCUAUGACUCGUAGGUACAAACUCUUCACAUUGGAUAUCAGCCACCGAAACCAAAUCCCCCAUACAAAUAGGAUGAGGGGCAAGAGAGGUUCUUACUAAUUGCAAAGGGUGUUGGUCAUGGAAAAGCCGCACGCCCUAGUCGUGCCAUACCCGGCGCAAGGUCAUGUCAUACCCUUCAUGGAGCUCUCUCAUUGCUUGAUGGAUCAUGGGUUCAAGAUCACAUUCGUAAAUACUGAGUUCAAUCACGCCCGCGUAGUGGCCGCACUGCCGAAGAUGGGCGGAGUGCAGGAGCAGAUCCGUCUGGUUUCAAUUCCAGAUGGGAUGGCACCAGGUGAAGACCGGAAUGACUUGGGCAAGCAAUACGGGACCAUGGGAUGGGCAGUGGAAGUUGCUGUGAAGAUGGGGAUCCGUGCAGCUGCGGUUUGGACUGUGACAGUGAGCUUUUGUGCCUUACUGUUUCACAUUCCGAAGCUGAUCGAGGACAGAAUCAUCGACACGGACGGAUUUCCAACAACACAGCAAAUGAUCAAGCUCUCACCAACCAUGCCAGAGUUCAACACCACUCAGCUAGUGUGGCUCUUCGUCGGUGACCGUGACGCGCAACGGUCCCUCUUCCGAUACUUACACGAAUGCACCCAAGCUGCAAAAUUGGCCAACUGGCUUCUUUGCAACUCAUUCUACGAGAUUGAGCCAUCCGCCUGUGAGUUGGUUCCAAACAUCCGGCUCAUCGGCCCUCUUCUAGCAGGAAGACGGCUUGGGCGGCUCGAAGGGAACUUCUGGCCUGAAGACCCCACUUGCCUAAGCUGGCUUGACGAACAGCCUCCCCGCUCAGUAGUCUACAUUGCCUUUGGCAGCUUUACUAUCUUCAACCGACGUCAAUUCCACGAACUGGCACUUGGACUCGAACUUUCCAAUCGUUCAUUCCUAUGGGUAGUGCGGCCAGACCUCACCGACGGACCAUCGGAUGCCUACCCAGAUGGCUUUGAAGCUAGAGUCGCGGGUCGUGGGCGAAUUGUUGGAUGGUCACCUCAACAAAAGUGCUUUAAUAAUUGA